UCAAACUCCAGAGCAAGACAAGGGAUCAUGCCAAGUCAGACCUGAACAAGGCUCCAAGUAUGUCCUCUGUACGCGUACUACAGUUUUAGCACAGGUGAACCAUGGACAAACCCGGCAGGUCGUACCGGGCUAAGCAAGGCAGCUGGGAGAGGGGAGCAGCAGCAUCAACGGACAAGGCAGAAGGCUGGAGGAUGCAAGACCACGUUAGAGGGCAGAACUUCAGACCAGAGGGCGGUCAGCCGGGCAAGAAGAACCAGGCCGGGCCGUACUGGGCGAGCCCCAAGAAGGGAGGCCUGGGGCCCCUGAGCUACUCUCCCGGUGGAUUCAGAGGUGGUCACAGCCCCUCUCAGCGGGAUGACCUCCGGUGGUUCUCAGGUCCUGAAAACAGUGGUGGGUAUCGAGAAGAUAACUGGAGAGAGCGCUCACAGCAGCAGCAGCAGCAGCAGCAGCACUGGAGGAGAAGUACCCACGGAGAAGGUCCAAAGGAAGACCGGGAGCAGGGCGGGAGAGACCCUGGGGAUGACGGUGCAAACAGUUCAGGAAGGAGACGGAGAAACAGAAACAAGAAGAAACCUUUCUCUGAAGAGAACAGGGGCCUUGUGAUCGAAGAGUCUGCGCUGUCAGCCAAAGAUCUGCGCAGCCUGCGGCAAACGGAGAGGCGGCUUAACAGGGAGGAAAUCUUCUCCCUGAAAAAGAAGUCCCACAGCAACCCUGGCGCACUUUACACCUGCGCGCUGUGUGAUGUUCUCCUGGAGUCUGUGUCGGAUGCUUACCGGCACAUCAGAGACAAGCGGCACAAGAAAAGAGCCAGAGAGAGGCAGGAGCAGGUGAUGCUGACUGAGAUUCUGCCUCCUGGUCCGGAGCAGAUCAGUGCAGUGAGCGCUGCGCUUCAGGCUGUUGUGCAGCAACAUGGGAUGAACGACCAGGACGUGGAGAAAAGACAAUGCGUUGUCUCCGUCAUGCAGGACCUCCUUCUUAGCGUCCUGCCCGAGAUCAGGCUCAGGCUGUAUGGAUCAUCUUGCACUAAAUUUGGAUUUCAGGAUUCGGAUGUCAACAUUGACAUUCAGUAUCCUCCUCAUAUGCAUCAGCCGGACGUCUUGCUGUUGGUGAAGGAGACCCUCUCCGUGAGCCCUCUCUUUGUCGACCUGGAAGCCGAUUUUCACGCCAGGGUGCCUGUGGUCAUCUGCAAAGAGAAGAAGAGCGGCCUGAUCUGCAAAGUCAGCGCGGGGAAUGAAAACGCAUUCCAAACCACCUCCUAUCUUUCGGCGAUAGCCAGCAGGGAGCCGCUCCUCCUCCCUCUGGUGUUGAGCUUCAGACGCUGGGCCCAGAUCUGUCAGAUUGACCGCGCAGAGGAAGGAGGCCUGCCGCCGUACGUCUUCGCCCUCAUGGUUAUCUACUUCCUGCAGAAGCGCAAAGAGUCUCUCUUGCCUACGUAUCUGAACCAAGAGAUCAAGGUGUUCUCACUCAGCAGGCUGUCGGACUUCAACCUCACUCACACGGAGGAUGGGUAUUUACACUGGGCGUACACUCCUUCCUCCAAAGAGUCGUCGCAGCCAGCAGAGGGCUCCACUAUAAAGGGGAAGGUCCCGCUCGUGUUCCAAAGCCCUCACCCGCCGGCGGAAGUUGGCCUCCUGUGGGUUGAAAUGCUUCGCUUCUACUCGCUGGAGUUCAACAUGGCUGACAACGUGAUCAGCGUGCGGACCAGCAUCGUUCUCUCCCGGGAGAUGAAGGACUGGCCGAAGAAACGCAUCGCUGUGGAAGAUCCGUUUGCUGUGAAGAGAAAUGUGGCUCGCACAGUGAACAGCCAGCAGAUGUACGAGUACAUCCUCCACUGCCUCAAAACCACAUACAAGUACUUUGCACUGCCACUCAAUACGCCAGCUGCUAAUCACAAAAGAGAUCCGAAGCGAGGCCCCGUGGAAGGGGCCAACGCUAAGGCUCUGGGCGAGGACACCGAGGGCUUGACCGGGUUCAGUCGGCUCAGUGUUCAGUCCCAGUCCAAAGCUGCGCAGAAUGGUCCCGACGACUCGGACUGCAUCAUCGAGGAAGAGGAGGAAGUUGAAGAAUACAGUGACUCAGAUGAAGAGAGAGAGAAGGAAAAAGUGGACCCGGGAAAAAGUAGCCUCUCCGAAGACGAGGAGGACGAUGAAGACGUGGACACGCACAACCGGCGCCACUUGGACAGCUUCACCACGGAGGACGAAGAGAUUUUCCCCGUGGACGAGAUCUCGGGGGAGGAGCUUUUGUCUGAUGAGGAGGGUCCAGACUUGGACACACCUGGUUCAAUGGACGAGGACGAAGAGCUGGAGAUGGCACCCGACAGCGGUUCACCUCCGCCUUCAGGGGAAACCCUCAAAGAUGAAUGCCCAGAAAAUAAAAACCGAAAGCAGGGCAGGCUGUCGUACGAGUUUACCAAGCUGGCCUUCACCAGAGGAAAGUCGCACAUGGUCGUCUGCAGCUUGUGCAAGCGCGACGGGCAUCUGAAGAAAGACUGUCCGGAGGACUUCAAGAAAGUGCAGCUGGAUCCUUUGCCCCCGAUAACGCAGGAGUUUCACUGUGUCCUCAACAAAGUGUGUGAGCAGUGCUUCACCGACUUUGCCCCAGAUGAACUGGAAGUGGAUGUGAGAGAACACAUCCUCAAAGACCUGGAGGCCUUCGUCAGACGACAGUAUGCCGGAGCCCGACUGCAGCUGUUUGGGUCGUCCAAGAACGGCUUUGGCUUCAGACAGAGCGACCUCGACAUCUGUAUGGUGUUGGAGGGGCAGGACUCCAUGGAUGACGCUGACUGCAUCACGAUCAUUGAAAGCCUGGCGAGAAUGUUAAAGAAACACCCCGGUCUGAAGAACAUCCUCCCCAUCACCACAGCUAAAGUCCCCAUCGUGAAGUUCUACCACGUUCGCACCGGCUUGGAGGGAGACAUCAGCCUCUACAACACACUGGCCCUGCACAACACAAACCUGCUGGCUUCUUACGCCGCCAUCGACAGAAGAGUGAAGAUCCUCUGUUACGUCAUGAAGGUUUUUGCCAAGAUGUGUGACAUUGGGGAUGCAUCGCGUGGCAGCCUGUCGUCCUACGCCUACACCCUCAUGGUGCUCUUCUUCCUUCAGCAGAGAAACCCACCGGUUAUUCCUGUGCUGCAAGAGAUCUACGACGGAAAGAAGAAGCCAGAGGUGCUCGUCGAUGGCUGGAACGUGUAUUUCUUUAACGAUCUGAAAACGCUUCCCAGUCGCUGGCCACAGCACGGGAACAACACUGAGAGCGUGGGGGAGCUGUGGCUCGGCCUGCUCCGCUUCUACACCGAAGACUUCGACUUCAGAGAGCACGUCAUCUGCGUCCGACAGCAGGCCCGCCUCACCACCUUCAACAAGCAGUGGACGUCCAAAUACAUCGUCAUCGAAGAUCCAUUCGACCUGAAUCAUAACCUGGGCGCCGGCCUGUCAAGAAAAAUGACCAACUUCAUCAUGAAGGCUUUUAUCAACGGCAGAACCGUGUUCGGCACGCCGGUCAAAGCCUUUCCUCCUGCGUACCCCAGUCACAUGGAGUAUUUCUUUGACCCUGAAGUCCUCACUGAAGGACAGGUGGCUCCCAAUGACCGCUGCUGCCGCAUCUGUGGCAAGAUCGGCCACUUCAUGAAGGACUGCCCGAUGCGUAAGAAGUCCAAGCACAGACGGGAUCCCGACAAAAGGCCGGAGCACCUGCGAGACAAAAUGGACGCAGCGGACGACGGCAAGGAUCAGGUCAGAUACAAGAAUGAACACUGGAGGAAACGAGAUGCACUGGAGAUGCGCUGCUGCUACCUGUGUGGCUCCGCUGCCCACAUCAAGAAGGACUGCCACCUGAACAGAAGCCCUGCAGGUAAUAUGAAGAUGGAAAACUUUUCUUCUCCCUCUUCAGCCCACUUGAGGAACUUGAGAGAAAAGGAGAAACAGGGUUUACCUACACAAGAAGAAAAGAAGAAGAGGAAGCAACAAAAUGUGAUAUUAAGUCCACAAGCAGGGAGCUUGGCCUGCAGAAAUAUGGGUCGCUCUGGUCACAGGAAGAGCCCGGUGGAAUGAGCCGCCGUCGCAGCAGCUGUGGAUACGCAAACCCUGAGAUUCUACUCCUUGUCCAGGCAGACAGCAACUCAAAGUCCAGAAACCCUUAAAUCUGAAUGGUACUGUUGGGCCAGUGUGAGCCCGUUAAAAGCCAAAGCUAGGACACCUUGACUUGAAGCCAAAUAGGGCCUUUUUAUGUGUUUUUCUUUUUUUUUUUCCCCCCCGAAGCUCUCCUCCUCAGAGGAGCUUUUUAAAGCUUUCAUUUUAACAAGAGAAGCCAUUAUGCAUGCACCUCAUGUCUUCAUUUACCUACUCUGCCAGUCAAGUCCUUUUUUUUUUUUUUUUUUUUUAAAGCUUUCAUUACAUUUCAAGCGACGUCAUUUCAGAUUCAGUGUGAAAUGUCUUAAAUUCGAAAAUGUAAAUAAUUCAGAAGUGUCUGUUAGGUGACUAAUAGCUUAGAUCUCCAUAAUAGGAUAUCUUUUGAAGACGGCAUAUGAUGUAUUUGUCUUAUAUUUGAUGCUAACACUUUAUGACACUGUAUAGGUGAAACUGUCUGCACAGUCUGGUGAGCACCGGUGUUUGUAAAUUAAGCUCCAGCAGUAAUACACGGUGACGGCGUGCGAUGAUAUCUGCUACGUAAAGUGGCUUAAAGUCAGAUGGAAUGAUCACGAUCGUGGUUCACUUAUUCCUAAUUCUCCAAUCAGAAGGUUUGUGAGGAUGUUUUGGGGGAUUUAAAAAAGAAAAAAAAAAAGAAUACAUUACAGGUUUGAAUGGCAGCGCACAUUUCACAUUGGCUGGGACCGUUUUGUUGAAUUUAUUUUAAUUUUUGGUUUAAUUUGUCAUCUGUGCUGACAUCUCUCCCCUCAAGCCUUGAAAUCCGCUCUACCUGCAGUGUGUCUCCUUGCUUAGAGAAGCCGCCCCGUCGAUGUAUUUUUUAGGAUCACACUUUUAUCCUCCGAGACUGCUGGUCCACGUCUGUUCAUGGAUACAUACUGCCCCGCAACUGCCUGCAAGUGCGAACAGAAGGGCGGUAAAACUGUCCUUCUCCUGCUAGCCCUGGUCUGUAUGUAUGUACCACGACACAGGCGAGGAAGGCUGGCAAUAGUAGAACACAUACAGUAGUCGGCAGCGUUGUGUAAAAGGUUUCUUGGUAAUAUUUUAAGAAAAACAAACAAUCUGCUGGUCCAGCUGAUGGCAUACACUGCAGCCACUCACUCCUUAACUAGAGGUAAUCUCAGUUAGUUCAUCGGAAAGAUUGAUGUAUUUAUUUGCCACAGAGGCUUCCUUUCAUUGUAAUGGUGCCACGGAUUGGUAGCUGCACUGUGAGGGUCCACGCCCUUGAAUUAUGUUGCUGCUAGUUAUGUCUCAAAGACCUGCUUAUCAUUCAGCUCUGAAUAUUGGACCGUCUGGCUUUAUCGUUAUCCUAAUAUUGCUGAAUUUUAUAGAAAAGAAAAAAAAAAGAAAUAAUUUGUUGUGGUUCUUGUAAUCAAUUUUCUCAUUUUAAAAGUAGAUUUGUUUUAACACCAGCCUUAUGUAUUUUUUUUAUUUUAUUUUAUUUUUUGUUGGACUCAAAUGGAAGGUUUAGUUUGAUAUUAAGGAACCCUGAUCCUGCCAGGAAAGGUUGGCUUGCAAAUCCAUUUUGUGUGUCAAAGAAUUCAUUAAACUAAAAUCAAAUACCAA